UUCUGGUCUGUUUUAUUUUGUUGUUUUUUAUAUUUAUAUUAAAAAAAAUGACCUGGCGACACUAUUGCGUUUACAUACUCCAUAUAUUAGCAUUUAUGUUCUUUUUGUUUUAGAAUACGUAAGAAGCAUUGGUAAAGAACAUCUUUAAAAGAUGGCCGAAGGAAAUCCUAAUCCAGAUAUAAAGUACACACAGUUGUUUAUCAACAAUGAAUGGGUAAAUGCAGCAAGUGGAAAAACCUUCCCUACAAUUAAUCCAUGCAAUGGAAAAGUUAUCUGUCAAAUACAGGAAGGGGAUAAGGUGGAUGUAGACAAAGCUGUUGUAGCAGCAAAAAAUGCAUUUAAACUUAAAUCUGAAUGGAGAACUAUGGAUGCUUCAAAAAGAGGAAGACUAAUAGCCAAGCUAGCAGAUUUAUUAGAAAGGGACAUAUCUCAGUUAGCGAGUCUGGAAACACUCGACAAUGGCAAACCUUUUGCAGACUCAGUUAGUGACGUUGAGCAUUGUGUGGAUGUGUUGAGAUAUUAUGCUGGCUGGACGGACAAAAUAUGUGGAAAAACAAUUCCUGCAGACGGCGGGGUAUAUUGUUUUACGCAACAUGAACCUGUUGGUGUAUGUGGACAGAUUAUACCAUGGAAUUUUCCCCUAUCGAUGAUGAUUUGGAAAUUGGGGCCAGCACUUGCAACUGGUUGCACAAUUGUUUUAAAACCAGCAGAGCAAACACCUCUCACUGCUUUGCAUUGCUGUGCUUUGGUAAAAGAGGCUGAAUUUCCUCCUGGAGUACUGAAUGUCAUCCCGGGCUAUGGACCAACAGCGGGUGGUGCGAUCUCAUCACAUAUGGAUAUUGAUAAAGUGGCAUUCACUGGAUCUGUGGAGGUUGGACACAUAGUAAUGGAAGCAGCAGCUAAAUCAAAUUUGAAGAGAGUAACAUUGGAACUUGGUGGAAAAAGUCCAUUGAUUAUCUUCCCAGAUGUUGAUAUACCCUGGGCUGCUGAAGUUGCGCACGCUGCCUUGUUUGCCAACCAUGGUCAAAACUGUUGUGCUGGCUCACGUACUUUUGUCCACGAAGAUAUUUAUGAAGAAUUUGUUGCGAAGGCUGUUGAAAUGGCUGCUCAGCGAAAGGUUGGCGAUCCAUGGAAGAAGGAAACAGAGCAGGGUCCUUUGGUGGACAAAGCCCAAUACGAAAAAGUGCUUGGUAUGAUCAACUCUGGGAAAAGCGAAGGUGCUACCUUGAAAUGUGGUGGAAGCAAUAUUGGUGAUGAAGGUUAUUUUGUCCAGCCUACUGUGUUUGCGGAUGUUUCCGACAAAAUGAAGAUAGCCAGAGAGGAGAUAUUUGGGCCAGUUCAAUCUAUCCUGAAAUUUAAAACCGUUGACGAAGUUAUUGAAAGAGCGAAUGACACAACGUUUGGUUUAGCAGCUGGUGUGUUGACUAACGAUAUUAACAAGGCAAUGAAAAUAGUGAAAGGUGUCCAGGCUGGUUCAGUAUGGGUUAACACAUACGACUAUGUCACUGCGCAAACUCCAUUUGGUGGAUUCAAAAAAUCGGGACAAGGAAGGGAACUUGGCGAGUAUGCUUUGAAGGAGUACACAGAAGUGAAAACAGUCACAAUGAAGCUAAAAGACGCAUGUUGAAAAUAACGCAGAGAUCAUAUUUUAUAUACUAUUUUCGUUUGUUGUUUUUUUUACUUCUUUUUUGUUCUUAUUUUAUAAGUUAGUUUAGCCGUUUAAUUGUUUGUUUUUUUGUUGUGUUCGCUGCAAAUUAUUUUCAAGAAAACUUUACAUGUACUGUGUGGAAUAUUAUUAUAACUUUGUUAAUUUUCAACACAGUUUCACAUAAAUAUAUCUUUUUCUAACACCUACAUAACUUUAACAUAGAGACAAUAUCGAAAAGUUUAGAAUAAAUAAAACUUUUUCUGUGGAAAUACGUUUAGGACCGGCUAUUGGUUUUGUUUAUUUUGUAAAAAAAAUUAUUUCAUUUUAAAAAUAUAUAUUUUCUUAUAUUUCUUUUA